AUGCCUUCACGAAAGCCCAGCAAGUAUGGAAACAAAUUCCGGUCCAGUGCUGCAUCAUCGAAGCCCCGGCGCGCAAAAACAGUCGACUUCAGCUCCCUACGCUCGACCGAAGCGACUUCACAAGAUGAGAAAUUCGAGGCCAUUCGAUUGGCUAACAACAUCGAUGAGACACUGGGAUUCCCGCGCUUUGAGUCUGGGGAGGCACGAGCCGGAUGGUUGGUCAACAUGCACAGCACAUCGAUAGAGGACCCGGAUGUGCCUGGCGGUCGUGCUGGCGUGGAUUAUUACUUCCUCCAAGACGACGGGGGUAGUUUCAAAGCGACUGUGGAAUAUGACCCCUACUUUUUGAUUGCGGUCAAAAAGGGCUACGAGAUGGAGGUAGAAGAGUGGUGUCGCCGAACUUUCGAAGGCUUGAUCAAGAAGUUCAGGCGCCUUGAGAAAGAGGAUCUCAAUCUACCGAAUCAUCUUCUCGGCUACCGGAAGACCUACCUCAAGCUCACUUUCGCCAAUGUGAGCAACCUUUUGGAGGUUAGGAGGACACUUCUUCCUCUUGCAGAGAAGAACAAGAAGAAUGAGACUGCGAUGGACGCAUACGUUGAGAUGACCAGUGCAACUGCCGGCAUCGAUUUGUUUGACGACGAAAUAAUUAAUGAGCAACGACCUAAUGCCAACUUACAAGCGAGUGAUUUUAUUGUUGAUAUUCGAGAAUAUGACGUGCCAUACCAUGUCCGAGUCUGCAUUGACAAAGACAUUCGUAUCGGGAAAUGGUAUAAUGUGAAGGCUGAUCACGGCGAGAUAUCACUGACCUGUCUGGAAGAUCGGCUUCAACGUGCCGAUCCUGUCGUUCUUGCUUUCGAUAUCGAGUGUACGAAAUUACCGCUGAAAUUCCCCGACGCCACGAUUGAUCAGAUCAUGAUGAUUUCGUACAUGAUUGACGGUCAAGGGUUCCUCAUCACCAACAGAGAGAUCGUCUCGGAGGAUAUCCACGACUUCGAGUACACUCCCAAACCAGAGUACAAUGGGCCUUUCAUGAUCUUCAACGAACCCAAUGAAAGGAAAGUCCUCGAGCGAUUUUUCGAACAUGUCAAGAUUGCCAAGCCAACCGUUAUUGCGACAUACAACGGUGACUUCUUCGAUUGGCCCUUUGUCGAGACGAGAGCCAGUAUUCUAGGGCUCGACAUGUAUAUGGAGAUCGGCUUCCGAAAAAAUAGUGAAGAUAUCUACAUUGCCGACAACUGUGUCCAUAUGGAUUGUUUUGCUUGGGUCAACCGUGACAGCUACCUUCCUCAAGGAAGUCGUGGCUUGAAAGCUGUGACUGUUGCAAAGCUUGGUUAUGAUCCAGACGAGCUUGACCCCGAGCUUAUGACACCGUAUGCCAGUGAAAGGCCACAGACCUUGGCUGAGUACUCAGUUUCCGAUGCCGUUGCCACGUAUUACCUCUACAUGAAAUAUGUGCACCCGUUCAUCUUCUCACUCUGCACAAUCAUUCCCCUCAACCCCGACGAAACGCUGCGCAAGGGAACUGGAACUCUGUGCGAAAUGCUUCUCAUGGUUCAGGCCUACAAGCAUGAGAUUGUUCUGCCUAACAAACACAAAGACCCACCCGAGUCUUUCUACGAAGGGCACCUCCUGGAGUCAGAGACUUAUGUUGGUGGCCACGUCGAGAGUAUCGAAGCUGGUGUCUUCCGAAGUGACAUCCCUACUCACUUUACCGUUGAUCCCACCGCGAUUGAUGAGCUUCUCAAGGACUUGGACCACGCUCUCAAGUUCAGUAUCGAGGUCGAAGAGAAGAAGUCUAUGGACGAUGUGGUGAACUAUGAUGAGGUCCGGGCUCAGAUUGUGGAGCGCUUGCUCGAUCUUAAGAACAAUCCAGUUCGGAACGAGGUUCCUUUCAUUUAUCACUUGGACGUUGCCUCCAUGUACCCCAAUAUCAUGAUCACCAAUCGGUUGCAACCGGACUCAUUGAUUGAUGAGUCGAAUUGUGCAGCUUGUGAUUUCAACCGACCCGGAAAAACCUGUGACAGACGCAUGCCUUGGGCAUGGCGAGGUGAAUUCCUGCCUGCCAAACGUGAUGAAUACAACAUGAUUCGACGUGCCACAGCGAACGAACGGUUCCCAGGUCGAUAUCCGAACUCUCCAAUGAGAUCAUUCGGUGAUUUGAGCAUUGAAGAGCAAGCUGGAGUGGUCAAGAAACGGCUGCAGGAUUACAGCAAGAAGAUUUACCACAAGAUCCACGACAGCAAGACGAUGGAGCGAGAGGCCAUCAUCUGCCAAAGAGAAAAUCCAUUCUAUGUCGAUACUGUUCGAGACUUCCGUGACCGACGAUAUGACUUCAAGGGCAAACAAAAAGGCUGGAAGAACAAGGCCGAUAGUUUACAAUCAUCGGGCGGCUCAGCAGCUGAAAUCGAGGAAGCGAAGAAAAUGAUUAUUCUGUACGAUUCUCUUCAGCUUGCACACAAGGUCAUUCUCAACAGUUUCUACGGUUACGUGAUGCGAAAGGGCUCUCGGUGGUAUUCAAUGGAAAUGGCCGGUGUCACCUGUUUAACCGGUGCUCAUAUUAUUCAGAUGGCGAGAGAGCUUGUCGAACGCAUCGGCCGUCCCUUGGAACUGGACACCGACGGUAUCUGGUGUAUGCUUCCGGGAGGAUUCCCCGAUAACUUCUCCUUCACUCUGAAGAACGGAAAGAAAUUGGGUAUCUCAUACCCCUGUGUCAUGCUCAACCACCUCGUCCACGCCAGGUACACCAAUCACCAGUACCAGGCUCUUGUCGACCCGAAGACCUUCAAGUACGAGACUCACAGUGAAAACUCCAUCUUCUUCGAAGUCGAUGGACCGUACCGAGCAAUGAUCUUGCCAACGUCAAAGGAGGAAGACAAGAACCUGAAGAAACGAUAUGCAGUUUUCAAUCACGAUGGUUCAUUGGCCGAACUCAAGGGAUUCGAGGUCAAGCGAAGAGGAGAGCUGAAGCUGAUCAAGAUUUUCCAAACACAGCUCUUCAAGUUCUUCCUCGAGGGUUCUAAUCUUGCCGAGACCUACGCCGCUGUGGCUCGAGUUGCAGAUCGGUGGCUGGACGUUCUGUACGAGCACGGAACGACCUUGGCCGACGAAGAGUUGAUUGAUCUCAUUUCGGAGAAUCGAAGCAUGUCCAAAACGCUAGAAGAGUACGGCUCCCAAAAGUCAACGUCAAUUACGACAGCAAGGCGUUUAGCAGAGUUCUUGGGCGAGCAGAUGGUCAAGGAUAAAGGCCUCAACUGCAAGUACAUCAUCUCAUCACGUCCACGGAACACGCCUGUUACCGAAAGAGCCAUUCCGGUGGCUAUUUUCUCCGCCGAAGAGAACGUCAAGCGAUUCUUCUUGCGCAAAUGGCUGAAAGAAGACCCUGGCGAUAUGGAUCCUCGCACUGUCAUCGAUUGGGAUUAUUAUCUCGAGCGUUUAGGAUCUGUGAUCCAGAAACUGAUUACUAUUCCAGCUGCGCUUCAGAAGCUUCGGAACCCAGUGCCUCGAGUUGCCCAUCCUGAUUGGUUGCAACGUCGAAUCAGAAUAAAGGAUGACAAGUUCAAGCAAAAGAAGAUGACCGAUCUGUUCACCGUAUCAGAGAAGACACCCCUCUCUACGGCAAAUGUCAAUAUCAUGGAUCAUCGGGUCCAGCAUGCUGGUGAUCUAGAUGAAGCAAUUGGCUCGACCCAAAAAUUGACAUCGCCCAACAACAAAGUAUCUCAAAAGAGAAAACAUCCUGAAAAUGUUUCGAAAACAGCCCUCGAUCCCUUCGCUAGCCUUCCAGCAGUCAUGCCAUCUAUGUCUGAAAACUACGAAGGUUUCCUUAAGUAUCAAAAGCAGAAAUGGAAGAUCCAGAAGCAAGCGCGGAUUCGCCGUCGCCAACUGUUUGGCGAGCGUACUAUUGCCUCGGACUCCUUGAGCAACUUCUUCCGCAACCAAGCGCAGAUGCUGUACAUCAGCACAUGGCAGGUCUUACAGCUUUGCGAGACGGGCGUUCCAGGAGUUGUGCGAGCCUUCGUGCUGAUUGAGCAAAAGAUCCACGCCCUCAGCGUAAGAGUGCCGCGACAAUUCUUCUUGAACUUGAAGCGGGAAUCUCUGCCAGAUAUCGAGGUGCCAGAGUGUGAGGUCGAGAAGGUGAAUCACACUCUACCGAAUGGCCAUCCAUCAGUCCAUUUGUUCAAGCUGUCUCUGUCAGAAGAGAAGUACCUUGAAGAAGCCGACAAGAUGGAUAUCCUUUUCCAGCACCCUAGUAUAGAGGGCGUUUACGAGGGGAACAUUCCGCUCAGCACUCGAGCAGUGCUCAAGCUAGGAAGCCAUUGCACCUUUGACGAAUCGCAACGUGGUGUUCUAGGCGACGGCUUGGACAAGGGCUUCGACCUCUCAACCUUACUCCACACAACUUCUGAGCAGCCCUAUCUGAUGGACUCGUCGUUGGUAUACCACUACCUGUACCACAUCGUCUCCGGAGACAGGCAAGUCUUCGCGAUAUUCUCGACAUCCAAGAAUGAGGCACACAUUAUCGUCCUCAACCGUACCAGGGAUGCCCAGGGACUUCCCAACGUUGAUAAGAUCUACACUGAACUUCUCACACGUAAGAUGCAAGCCGCGGGUGACGAGUCUCUGAGCGCAUUCGAUUACCAGGAUAAGCUUCAUUUCAAGACCACCCAGGUGAUGACACGGAGAAAGGCUCACCUUGAGGUCGGCGAUGUGAUCAGAAAGCUCCGAAAUGAGGAAAGUGGACCUGCGGUUCUUGUCAUUCAAUCUCAGCAGAAAGACCGCCUGUGUCAUGAUAUUCCAGUCCUGAAAGAAUAUCCAGUGCUCUCCGUCAAACCCGAAGCAUCGGAUAUGGAACUCCCCCCACUGGGCUGGCAGGCGUUCGUUGCGAGACGAAUCGUCACGCGCUAUCUAUAUCUGUCCUCUUGGAUUCAGCACUUGACCAUGCUCGCUCGGUACGGCGAUGUCCCACUCUGCAACCUGGAGAGUGAGGAUCCUCGAUACCUCAUCGAUAUCUCAUACGCCAGGCGUCUUCAACAAAACAAUGUCGUGCUCUGGUGGUCACCGGGCCCGCGCCCUGAUCAUGCAGGCUAUGAAAGAGAUGAUAUUCUAGGCGCCUUGGACAAGGUCAACAUGCCAUCUGUCAAUGUACCGGGUGCUUACUCGACAGUAUGCAUUGAAUUAGAGGUUCGCAAUCUGUCGAUCAACACAAUCCUAACCUCUUCCAUCAUCAACGAGAUGGAAGGCAGUGAUACAUUGCUAGCGCCAUCGGGAGAUGGUGAAGACACUGGUGUUUUCUAUUCCGAGAAAGCCUUCGCUUCUGCCGGUGUUGUCGUCCUCCGAGAGAUGGUCAAACACUGGUGGACAGAAGCCUGCGCCGGCAACAACAUGGCGGACAUCAUGGUCCAGCAUUUGAUCCGAUGGGUAGAGAGCCCUGUGUCCUGUCUCUACGACCGUUCAUUGCACAACUACGUGCGACUGUUGUCACGAAAGUCCUUCCAGAGAUUGAUGGCAGAAUUCCGACGCGUCGGCUCACACGUCAUUUUCGCCAGCUCGACUCGUCUUCUUCUCCAAACGACCAAAACCGAGGUCGGUAAUGCCUACGCCUACAGUCAAUAUGUCCUGAAGUCCAUCCGCGCCAACCCUUCCUUCCACUUCAUCGAUCUGGAGAUCAAGGAAUACUGGGAUUAUCUCGUGUGGUAUGACGAAUACAACUACGGUGGCAAGGGCUGUCGCGAGGUCACCGAGGCCGAAGAACAGGACCUCGAAACAGCCAUGCACUGGCAACUCAGUCGGUUCCUACCGAUACCUAUGCAAACGAUCUUCCACGACUGGAUCGUCGAGUACAUCGAGCUGAUGCACGGCUUGAAACGACCGGACCAAGAUGGGGAUUUGUCCUCAACACCCCGUCCCACGCAGAUCCCCAUCGGCCGCACCGCCGAGGCAGACGAUGAAGAGAUCACCGCCAUUCUGGCAGACCGAUUCUCAAAACCGUUGAAGAAGCAGAUCUCAGCCUUGAUCCGCCGGCAACGUGACGAAAUGCUUCAUCCCGAACUCGCGUCUGACUAUGCCUUCCCAGUCCUGCCAGGCGUCCUGGUCGACGCCAAGGACAAUCGCAACCCGUCUCUGGAGCUGACGAAGCUGCUAAUGCAGGUCCUGAGUCUGUCCAAGACAACAACGCUAGAGUCUCGGUUGCUGCGACGUGAGCUCCUUGCCCUUUUCGAGGUUCGAGAAUUCAGCAAAGAGGGCCGAUUCGAGAACCCUAGUGCUAGCUUGAAACUGCCCGAGAUGUCCUGCAAUUCCUGCUGUCUUAUUCGAGACCUCGACCUCUGUCGCGACGAGGAUGUGCUGCCUGAUGCCAGUGCAGAUGUCAGCAAGUCUGCACAGCCUUGGCGCUGUCCGUUCUGUCAGGCUGAGUACGACCGAUUGGCUACGGAAGAGUUCCUCAUUGGUCAGGUGCAUGGAUUUGUUGUUGAAUGGCAAACUCAGGAUCUGAAAUGCUCUAAGUGUCGUGGCUUGAAGAUCAGUGAUUUCCUCGAGCAUUGCUCCUGUAGUGGGACCUGGGCUCCGACGGUCGAUCGGAGUGAGAUCGAGAAGAAACUGCGUGUGCUGGAGAGUGUGGCUAAAUUCCAUAAGCUGCAACUGCUGGAGCGCGUUGUCGAAGAAGUGUUAGAGCUAUUCUGA